CCGUGCAACUGAGGAGAUUAUAUUGCUCAACGGGUAUAUCUAUCUGAUGGUCUUUGUUGAGGAGAGCUAUGACCCAGUUUGCUGAUCCAGCGCUCCAAACUUCAUGAUCGCGCGCGAGAGUUGUUUGAACCGAGCAAACAAUUGCCAGAUACGCUGGCCGUGAUGCCAUUAGACAAUAGUCAUUGGACCAGACGUUUGAUUGUGCAAGGUCACGUCGGCGUUGUCAAGAGUGCCGUAUCGAUCUCAUAUAAAUCGGGUGGAGACCGAAUGGAGACAUCUCAGUUUGGCCGCCUACACCAACUGAAUUUUCAUUUUCGAGGAUCAUGUCGUCGAGAUAUCCUCCCCCAAAGACUCGCUCGCUCCCGCCGGCUUACGGCAGAUAUCCGCCCGAGCAUGACGAGUAUGGGCGCGCAAUCCAAGUAAGAUCACCGCAUAACGCUGCUGUUGUCUACGAUGAUUCUCGAUACUUCAGCUCCGCUCCUCGGUCUGAACCCAGACGGUCUGGGCGAAGCGUCCAUUUCGAUAAAGCCCUCAUCCAGCUUGCAGAAGGCUACGAAGCCGCAGAACCAGUGAUUACAGAGUUCAAAGCCGGAUUUGAUCAGGAGAUGGGCGCCAUCAAGAUGUACGCCGACGACGAGAUCUUAGACAGGCUCUGGCACGCGAGAGUACAGUUUAAGCCGAAAGCCGAUCAAAGGAAGGGGAAAGACCAGGAAGAUCAAAGCGAGGAGAAUGGCUCAGAGGAGGAGCUGCUGGCGAAGAGCAAAGAUUUUCAGAAGUCGCUACAGUCGCUGAUUCGCGGCUUGGAGAGCUCGAUGAAUGCGAUGCCUACGCUCCAGUCGAAGCCGAAACUUACGCAGAAGGAGAAGGAAAAUGUCGAGAGGGUUGUUAAGAAGCUUCGGCCAGCAUCAGAAGAGUGUCUUAAGCUUGCUAGGCAAGCGGGGAAGCGCGUUACACAACUUCAGGAGUUGCUGAAAGAGUUGGCGUAUCUCAAGCUCAUGAUCGAUGAGUGGCCGGAGUUCACGUCGCCUGAAAGCCGCAGGCGGAAUGAUGAGAGCUUUGAAGAGGGAGAAGACUAUGAUAAUGGAUCACGGGAAGAUGAUUAGAUUGAAUCAGAUGUAUGUAGGUAGUCCAUCAAUUUUUACAGGCAACG